UAAUGAAACGCAUAAACGGCGACCAAAUCUCCUUAUUUGUCAACCAAUUUCUCAGACGAAGAAAUUAUACGGACCAUAUGAUAAAGCCGUCGUCGACGGCCAACAACAAACAUAGACCAAACAUUGUCGGCAGCGGCGGCGGUGGUGGCGGCGGUCAUAACAAACAACGAUCGGCUGAUGUCAAGUGUAAGGAAAGCCUGGAAGAGAUUGCACUCAACGGUGCAUUGGUUAACGUGACCAGCGAUGCCGAUACUGUAUCGCUGGCCCAUUGGACCGGCGAAAUGACUGCAUCGGCCGAAUCGGCUUACAAACACUUUCUCGACUUUGUCCAACAAUAUCGGACAAAGAUCCGCUUCUUUGACCAGUUAUCUCAGUUAGAAUUUCCGCUAUUUCUCUACAUUUUUAUCGAGCUGUUCGAGUGCGGACACAAAGUGUCGGCCCGUCGUUUCUUUCGCGAACAUAAAAAUCGGUUCAAAGAGUCGACAGAAUUGCAAACAAUCGACUCAAUGAACAAAUCGUUGAAUACUAUGCUAUUCGAGACCAGUCUUCACAGGUUUAAGACCAGUAAAUAUUUGAUUAAAAUAUCCGAUAAAUGUUUGGAACAAAUGAGAAAACAUUUCAAAGAAACCAAUGAUCUCAUAGUUAUUCAGAUUCUCAACAAAUCAUUUGAAUUCAAUAUCCAUUCAACACAUAAUCAAAACCAGUUGGAAGUGAGUGAAAAAAAACUGGAAAAGUGUUCACAAUAUAUGGAUACAGAAUCGUUGUCCGUAUCUGAUGUUCAAUUAAGUCAGACUCAGGGUAAAGAUGUCCACGAUUUUCUCCAGUGUAUCGACAAAUUGCGUAACAGUCCUCCGUGUCAGCCACCAAUUCGCCGAUAUAUUGUUGACGAUGAAGAUCUGUUGUGCGCCACAGUUAACGACGAUAUGAGUGCUUUGGCUCUUGGGUUCGGCGAUUCACGUAUUUAUUUGAAAAGAUUUGGACAACAAUUCACGAGUGACCCGCGUUUCGAACUCAAAAGAGAUAACUCGAAGAUGGAGUUCAAUCUUGUCGACUACAAUGUCGAGGAUCUAUAUAUCGAUAAUAAUAAUAAUAAUGACGACGACGAUGAUGAUAAUGAAAACCAAAGUUCAUUAACAAAUAUUUGUGAUAUGAAUGGUGACGACGUCGUGGACAGUGAAACUUCAUGUCGUACGCUUCGUGGCCAUUGCGGAUCAGUUUACGGACUGGCAUUUUGUCCGCGUAGUGAUAUACUGUUGUCCUGUUCUAAGGAUACAACCGUACGGGCCUGGGAUGUCGUAUCCGGUCAUAACAUAUCUGUCUACAAUUGUCAUCAAUCAUCUGUUUGGGCCAUAGAUGCCGGUCUAAUUGGCAACCAAUUCUGUACUGCCGGUGACGAAUGUGUAGCCUAUAUGUGGUCAUUGGAACGGUCGCAACCCAUCAGGAUGUUUGUCACCAAUUUUACGGCAAUUCAUUGUCUAAAAUUUCAUCCCAAUUGCAAGUACAUUGCUUUUGCCGAAAAAGAUAUUGUCCUCUGGGAUACGGAACGAGCACAAGAAGUCAGAACCUAUGUCGGACACGAAGCACCCGUUCAUUGUCUAUCGUUUUCGUUUUGUGGCCAAUAUAUGGCAUCGGCGGGCGAAGAUCGCAAAGUAAUUGUCUGGGAUAUCAAUUCGGGUAAAGCACUUAAAGAAUUGACCGGCCAUUUGAAUUCAGUCUAUACGGUCUGCUUUGAUCACAACAAUACACUGUUGUCGUCAUCCGGUGCCGAUCAGACCCUUAGACUGUGGAACUUGAAAAACAUUACUACCGGUAAUAAUAAUAAUGUGCCGCCAAAUCUCAAGACAUCGGCAUCUGAAUCAGCCGACAACACGUCGAUACACAACAAUAACACAUCUAAUGUCGAUUCCGAUCAAUUCAUGACAUAUAAUAUCAAUGCAAAUGUGAUUUACUCGCAAUUUAUGCCAAGAAAUUUGUUGUUAACAAUUGGUAAAACAAUUUAAAUGAAAAUUUAGUUGAUCCCAAUCAAUCAAUCAAUCAUUCAUUCAUUCAUUGUUGUUAUUC